AUGACUGAUUGUAACCAACAUCAUGGUUCUAUAUCAACUGUUCAAUUAAGUCCAUUUGCUGAAGAACAAUGGAAUCGUAUAGUAACAUACUCGCCAAUUUAUGUACAUUGGACGGAUAUGUUAAUGAUGGCUCAACGACGAACACAUAAACCCUCAUCGGGAAAAUUAAAUGUCAUGGGUCGUAUUGAUUUAAAUAGUCUUAAAUUAGAAGAUGAACUAUUCCUUAAUGAACUUCAUAAUAUAAGAAAAGCAGCUGCUACUGAUCCACUAAAAGGAAAAACUACAAAUCAAGAAACAAAAGUUGAUGAUGAUACACGAAACCAUCGAGACGCAUUAUCAACCACAGAGGAUUAUCAAGCAUCAUCAACAAAUUUCUCUCAUGAUUCAAGAGAACCUACAAAACAUCAUUCUAGCUAUGUAGAAUCAUCAUUGACAGAACAACAAUAUAAAAGCAAACGCCCUGCUUUGUUAAAUCAGAGUGUUCCUUCGCAAACUAUUGGUGAUAAUCAAGUGAAAAAGCUAUCUCAGAUUAGUUUCGGUACAAAAUAUCCAUCUUCAAUCAUCACACAACUUCGACAAUCAGCAAUUGCUCGUGAACAUUCUUUCUCAACUACAAAUGAUAAUCGUAUUUCUAGUCCUUUAUCGAUUUCUUCAUCAAAACGAAAUGUUGUUAGUGCUCAUUCAAAUCAUAGUUAUCGUCAACAACAAAAAUAUCAAGCAUCAAAAUCAUCAUUAUCGAAUGACAUGAAUACAACGGGUAGUAUUCAUGAACAAUUAACUGGAGAAUCAUCAUCUUCUUUCAGAGGAGCACGUGCAAGAAGUACUACGAGUAGUCGUUCAACAAUGCAUAUGCUUAAAACAAAAAAUGAACGUAAACGACAAAAACAAUAUAUUGAAUUAAAAACACUUUUAGUUGAUCCAUAUAAACAAAUACCAUGGAAUGAUGGAACAUUAGAUGAAUCGAUUCCAAAUUCCCUUGAAAUAAUGCAUAAAAUGUGUGGACCAGGAACUCCAUUUGAACGAAAUUUACGAUAUAAUUAUCAAAGACAAUUAAAUCAAUUGAGAAACAGUUCAAUAAAAUCUUAA